AUGGUCGGCCCGUUUAGAACCGCCCGAGGCGGCAUGACACACCUCUUGGUGAUGACUGAUAAAUUCACUAAAUGGAUCGAGGCCAAGCCGAUCAAGAAGCUGGAUGGCUCAACAGCCGUCACCUUCCUCAAGGACAUCAUUGUGCGGUAUGGCUACCCCCACAUCAUCAUCACCGACAAUGGCACCAACUUCGCCCAAGGCGUUUUCGCCCGCUUCUGCGAGGAGAAAGGAAUUCAGAUGGACCUAGCGUCCGUGGCACACCCUGAGUCCAACGGGCAGGUGGAAAAGGCCAACGGCUUGAUUCUAGCCGGCAUCCGGCCCCGGCUGGUGGAGCCGCUCGAGCGAGCUGCUGAAUGCUGGAUUGAGGAGCUGCCCUCCGUACUCUGGAGCCUGCGCACUACACCAACCCGCUCUGUCGGCUUCACACCAUUCUUCCUCGUAUAUGGGGCCAAGGCCGUCCUGCCAACUGAUAUUGAACACGAUGCGCCAAGGAUCAAGCUCCAGUUCCCGAACCAGCUACAGACCGCAACCCGGCUGUCCGACUGGCGGGGGUAG